AUGAAACCUUUUCGACUUUCAAAGUUUAUGACAAUUCCACCAUUGGAUGAUACAAAACUUCUUACGACCGUGGAGGCAGACAAUGCUCCUUAUGAAAGUGAGGCUUCGAGGAGGUCCCGGGUGAAGCACCAAAAGGUCAAGACGGGAUGCUAUACAUGCAAAGUGCGCCGAGUCAAAUGCGAUGAAACGAAACCUUCUUGCAAAAGAUGUAAGAAGACUGGAAUUCAAUGCGAGGGGUAUCCAUCACAUGCUGUCAAACGAUCAUCGCGGGAGCAUACGAAUCGAAUGUUCAUGGUAGACUCUCCCCCACGAUUACGAUCACCCAUUGUCAAUAUACACAUCGGUCCUAUCCUAGAAAACGAACAAGAUUCUCAAUAUUUUCAAUAUUUCCGUGAAACAUCGGCUGGUGAUAUCGCGCGAUUGUUUAAUCGAUCAGUCUGGGAGCGGCUGAUUCCCCAGGCAAGCGAAUCGGAACCUUUCGUUAGCCAAGCCCUGGUUGCCCUCGGGGCGUUAAGUAAAGGUCGCACGGCGAGUGGUAUAGAGGCAUUUCUACACCGUCAAUAUGGCCUCGACCAGUAUGGUAAAGCUCUCGUCGGAAUGAGACAAGCUCUGAACCCAGGCUCUUACAAUGCCCGCAAAGCACUCAUUGCUUGCCUACUCGUGUAUUCAAUCGAAAGUAUACAGGGACAUCUUGCAACAGCGGCUUCUCAUGCUGCCAGUGGAGAAAAUCUUCUCCAUGAGAUUAUGCUCGACAAGAAAUCCAAAAGCCUACCGCCCUUCAGCUGUCAGCAAGAUUCUACAAUUGACGAUGAUCUAUGCAGAGCCUUCUCAGAUCUUGAUCUUCAAGCACUAUGCGUAAUUGAUCGUCGAUCUUCAAAGCUUCACGAGCGACGAACUCGUUAUUUGAAUCAUUUGUUGCUAUCAAUGCCUUCUUCAUUCUCAAGUAUCAAAGAAUGCCAUGACUGGUGGCAGAUUAUAAUGCGGAGAAACUUUCAUUGGAUAGCGACAGCGAGAAAAACUAUCCUCGAAGAACGACCGAAGAAUGACGAAGAACCCAUCGUGUAUGCAGCCGACGAUGAAGGGCUAGAUCUCAAAGAUGAGAACUGUUCAUGGACCUCUGUUGCGGUCAUACCUAGUACUAACCCGACUCUUAGACGGGAUUGUACCACCUAUCUUGAUGAAAUUCUGCGAUGGGAAAGUAUCGCAGCACCAUUAGUAAACAAAGGACUUUGUGCUAGCGAAGAUUCUCGAGAAUUUCUAGCUGCAUGCCUUGCUAAAAUACAGGCGGCUAUGAUGAUGAUACAAGUAGCAAGUGUGUUCAUUGUCAACGCAAUUGAAUGGGACGCAUAUUUUCAAGAGUUUGGUAUAAUAAUGGAAUAUGUAGCCAAACUUCGGCCGCGUAUCAUUCAAGGAGGGAAGUAUCACUUUGACUUUGGCGUUAUACUUCCAAUGUUUAUGGUUGGAACACAUUGCCGAAAUAGAGAGUUAAGAGGUCAAGCGAUUGAUACUCUCAGGGAAGCUAAGGGUUACCGAGAAGGCAUUUGGGAUUCAGAUGCCUGUUCACGAGUAACUGCGUUUACGAGAGAUGUAGAAGAAGAAUGGGCUGAUGAGAAUGGAUGGGUUCCUGGAGAGAGACGAUUCACUAUCACGGGAACUAAAGUUACAGUUGAUAAAGGUAAAUCACUGCACAUAAGUGGAUAUCAAAAGAAUGGAUCUUUAGAAGGGAAGGGUGAUUUCAAGGAAAUAUAUAUAACAUGGUAA